CACUCACUUCCAAGUAGAAUAAAUUUGAGUUCAGAGCUUACACAACGAAGUACACGUUUGAGUUAGCUGUUCUGGGAUUUCUUAGAGCAAUUAUUUCACCAUGCAUACCAUUUUUGUUUCUUGGGUUGUUCUAGGUCUGCUUGCUGCUUGUGCUGGCCGUCAAGCAGAGGCACGGGCUUUUUUCGUGUUUGGAGAUUCGUUGGUGGACAGCGGAAACAACGACUACUUGGCCACCACUGCCAGGGCCGACUCCUACCCUUACGGCAUAGAUUAUCCUACUCACCGACCCACCGGUCGUUUCUCGAAUGGCCUUAACAUACCAGAUCUUAUCAGUGAGCAAAUUGGCUCAGAACCCACGUUGCCCUACUUGAGCCCACAACUCACUGGACAAAACCUACUUGUUGGUGCCAACUUUGCUUCUGCCGGGAUUGGAAUUCUCAACGACACUGGAAUCCAAUUUCUCAACAUAAUCCGAAUCUACAAACAGUUGGAAUACUUUCAGCAAUACCAGACCAGAGUGAGUGCUUUAGUUGGACCUGAGCAGGCUCAACGACUUGUCAACGAAGCACUUUAUCUGAUUACCCUCGGAGGCAAUGAUUUUGUCAACAACUACUACUUGUUGCCCUUCUCUGCUAGAUCUCGCCAAUUCUCUCUCCCGGACUAUGUUGUCUACCUUAUCUCCGAGUACCGCAAAGUUCUGGAGAGGCUGUAUGAAUUAGGAGCUCGUAAGGUUUUGGUGACAGGCACAGGGCCACUAGGGUGUGUUCCUGCAGAGUUGGCUCAGCACAGCACGAACGGCGAAUGCGCAGUGGAGCUGCAGCGAGCGGCCUCCUUGUUCAACCCACAACUAGUCGAUAUGAUCAACAGCCUGAAUAGCCAAUUUGGCUCAGAUGCAUUUGUUGCUGCAAAUGCAUAUGAAAUGCACAUGGAUUUUGUCUCCGAUCCUCAAGCUUAUGGAUUUGUUACUUCAAAGAUAGCUUGCUGUGGCCAAGGACCCUACAAUGGGAUUGGACUCUGCACAUUUGCCUCCAACUUGUGCCCAAACAGAGAUUUGUACGCAUUUUGGGAUCCUUUCCAUCCUUCUGAGAAGGCAAACAGAAUUAUUGUACAGCAAAUCCUUACCGGGUCCAACAAGUACAUGAAUCCAAUGAACCUCAGCACUAUUUUGGCCUUGGACACUAAGACCUAGAAGUACGUACUAGUUAAAUAACUAGAACUACAAGGGGUGUGAUUGUUUUUUAACUUAAGAUUAUCAUAAUUUCCUCAAUUUGUCUUCGUUAGUAUUGCUGAUUUAGUAUUAUUUUCCUUAUGUCCUGGAAAACGCUAGUGUAAUACUGUAAUUUUGUUUUCAUUGGUUUGUGUGUAUUUAAUAAUUUCAAGCUUAAUUAGCUUCGUCUUUGUUUUAUUCCUUCA